CAGCCGCCGGGGUCAGCUCCUCGAGGAGGCAGGAGACAGCAGGAGGCUUGUGUUUCUCUCAGGGCGCAUCCUCCGGAAAAAUAAUAAACAAAAGGACCGACAGAUCUUUUUUCCCGUGUAGGUGUUUAAUAAUGUGCCGCGUCCGAACGGUGCUCAUUUGAGUGAUCCUCGCGCCUGGUGUACCAGUGCUUGGUGAGUCAGUUUUCGAGAUACUCGUUGAUUCUCCUGCAAUUAUCGCUGUAAGAUGACAGAGGGUGGUACGUCCAGGAUGAAGCGCAAUGGUGCUCGACUGUUCAAGAAUCCACCACAGCCACACAUGUGUAUACAAGAUUAUAGGAAGGGAUUCACAGAACCUUGUUACGUUAAUGUACUAUCAUGGGGAAAAAUUGCAAUGCCUCAUAGUCCUUCGGACCCCAUACCUCUUUACGGUGGCAUGAGGGUCUCUCCCCCUCGAACAGAGAAUCCUCAGAUGGCCGUGUUUGCAGUGAUGGUCAAUCCAGAGAUUCUUCGACUGAAUGGCAAAAACGCUCAGGAUCCAAAGGAGCGUUCCACACUAAUAGAACUUCUUCUGGAUUUUGUGGAAGCUAUGAACGAGGAUGUAGUGUUCACGAGACGGUACACAGUCCUAAAGGACCGGGAUAUAACGGGAGAGUUAAAGGAAGUUUGGAUGGCGGUUCAGGCUAAGCGCGAUCGGGAACAACCACCCCAGCAAGAGACUUGGAUAGAUGCGCAACCGCCAGUACCGCAGUAUCCACAGUCUCAGGAUCAAUGGCAGCAACAGCAACGACAACAACAACAACAGCAGCAGGAAUAUGUGUCGCAGCCACCUCAGUAUCAGACCAGCGUCUCAUAUGGCAGAGUAGCAGCAGAGGUUUCAAACUACGAUGGAUAUGGACACCAGCCGCAAAAUGUUCCUCAAAACGAUCAAGUGUAUCAGUCUCGACAGAUUUUGGCUCAACAGUAUCAUGGUAUCGUUUCACAGAUCACUCAGGAUCGGUACAAUUACCGAGAACGUGGCAGGCAGAAUGCUUCCCAAAAUCAAUCUCAGCAAAACUGCCCGGCCUAUCCCGCGCCACAAUAUCAAUUUCAGCAGCUACCCCGACAGAUGCUGCCCCAGUACGUGAACUCAAUUAUGCAUCCGCCCACGAAUCCAAACUAUGGUCCAGCAAAUAGUGCCAGCGUCAAUCCUGGAAUGAGUCCCAAUGUCCCGGGACAUUAUCAGCAGUAUAUACCGUUACAGCAACAAAUGGUAGGUCAACGACAAAUAGAGAACGCGAUGCAUGCUGACGUUCAUCGCAUGCAACAACAGAUACACGUGAAUCACAUGCAGCCGGUACCACAGUAUGAACCUUCCGGUACUUUCAACGUUCAAGCAUCCUCAUCAAUGAAUGUCCUCAGACUCGGCAGGCCACAUAUGGGGGUAGCACAAAAGAACAACUCCUGCAAGAGGCAAUCUAACUCACCGACUCACUCGACUAAACAGCUUAGCUGCGUGAAUUGUCAAAGCAAGGAUGUAUCUGAGAACGGCACCAAACCUAAGAGUCCAGUCAAGGUGCUUCAGAGGGAACCACCGUUGUCAAAUGAUCGACAGAGCUUUCCGCAAUCUUUGUCCCCAGAUAAGACUAAGAGCUUGGAGAAAGGUACGGAAGACGAAUUGGAUCCACAAAGGAAUGUGCAGGUGACGGAUCUCGACGAGGAUCUUGCCAAGGGUAAAGAUGCUUCGGAGAGCGUGGAAUCAACUAAAAAACAAAGAGAGGUUAGUCUCCAAGAAUCCACUGUCAUGUCGAGAAAAGAGAUUGACAAAAAUGAUCCUGAUGAGUCGGAAAACACUCGGGACAAAUACCCUACCGCGGAAGCAAGGGAUGAGAGUUCUCCAAGCAGUUCGAGUCCCAGUAGUAAGUCUAGCAAGACGAGAAUAAUGGUGCUGAAAAGGAACAAGUCUGGUAGCGAGUUCAAAGUUGGUGCGAAGGAUCCGAAGAUAGUGAAGAACGGCGGUGCGAGACACGCGGAUCAACAGAUCUACGAGAUCGAGAGUGAGAGGUUAGGUGGAAGAGAGAAGGACGCAGAUGAGCAGUUCAAUCAUACUCUUGUUGAGCUCGAGAGAAAGCUGAAUGACAGCAGGAAUGGUUUCGUCGGGAAGCAAAAGACAGGAGAGAGCCCAAAGCGCUCUCAGACGGUGAAUAACAUCAUCAAGAGCGUCUUCAAGAUACAUCCUGGCACGUCGAAUAACGAUGAUUCAUCUAAGAGGAGGACCAACGGCCAAAACAAGAGUAACGGCAAGUCCGCGUCGAAUGACAACGAUGACGUGUAUCAGGGAUACACAAUACUGAGAAAGGCCGAAACUACUCAAGAAGACGUUAUGAGCGAGAUCGCUCAGAUAUCUAUUCAAGACUGCAAAGACACGAGCGAAGUCAGCGCCGUGCUCUCGUGAUAGCCUAGUUAUAGGAGGUAUUAUGUGGUAGACCACAGGUAAGAAGUGAAUCAGUGUACAUAGAUAAUUUACCGGAAUAAAGAGGUAAAGUGAUAGCGAAA